GACAUUGUAGUUUUCCGCUCCCAUAAACAAGGAGGACGGCCGCAGUUCGCUGGCAGUCCUGUGUGUGCCUGUGAGUGCACAGACACGCUGACAGGGAAAGUGAGCAGAGAGCUGCAAGAGGGAGAAAGUUAGAGACGGGUGAGCAGGAAGAGAGGGAAAACUCAUAUGGAAAAGAGUGAGACAGGAAAGAACUGAUUGAAGAGAAGGAGCAGGAAGAAGAAGAGAGGAAGAAGAGGCUUCUUCUGUGACAAGAGAUAAAAGCCAUGGCUGAAAAUAACACUAAUUUGUUUCUGGAAAUACUGGAGUCUUUUGAUGCCGUCCCUCUGAUCAUUGCCUUCUGUGUGUCUAUGGCUGUGGGCCUGGUACUGGGGGCCGUAGUUUAUGUCAUCUUGACCUGGAUGUCCAGACGCAAAGCGGGCUCUGCCAGCAUCACCCGCCGCCCACCUCGUCAACCACGCAACACCUCAUGCAACCGCCCUGGCUUUAACCGCAACAGCAGCUAUGACCGGCGCAGCAACAACAGUUUAAUCAGCGCUGCCUUCAGCUUUCACCGCCAGAAUUCUUCCCAAGAUCAACUGGACCCAAUGGGGCACAAAUCCAACCUCAGGGUCUCCACUUUCCAUCCUCUUCUCCACUGCAGCCAAAUUGCCAGGGAAGCAGAGGAGGGGAGCCAGACCACACUGCCUCGGACUCCGACUCUGACCACAACAACGGGAUCAGCCCACGCUGUUGACCAGCCGGCUGUCACCCCACCCAGACCAGAGUCAUUCUGGGGGAACAACAGUCUCAGAGGUUUCAAUAUCACCCAGACGCCACCUCCAGCUUAUGAGAGCAUCAUUAGAGCUUAUCAGGAAACAUGCACCUAAGACAUGGGAGGAUCAGACUGACAAUGAAUGGAUGAGCCAAUGGUUGCAUAAGGAUUUACAAAAAAUAUACUGGAUUGAAGUUGUUUUGAAUUUAUACGACCACAUGGUGGUACUUGAGGAAACCACAAAAGUAUGUAGGUUCAGACAUUUGAAUGAAACUUUAGCAACACAUUCUGUUUUGUUUGCUAAAAUAUAUUUACACUUUAGAAGUUAACACCAACAACAGCAUUAUCUGAUCCUUUCUCCUAUUUGGCAUUUGCUUCUAUCUCUCUGAGAAAAAAACGUCUUCAUAAAUACCGGACUGAUGGGUAACAUAAUUAACUAUUGCCUCCCAGUCUGUCAGCUUCCAUUAAAUAGAUUGCAGAUGUGUCAAUUACAUACAGUAUCAGUGGAAAACUCUCUGUGGAAGCAGCUUUUAAAGUCAUCUGAAGUUUUAAAUUUUCUGCCUGCUUCAUGUUUAACAGAGCUCUACUACCUUAUAUGGAUGUUUGUGGUUUCAAUCAUUAAGGGUGUGUUUGGAUGUACAGUAUAUGUGGGUUGCAUGAAAGACGCAUAACGAGGGCACUGGGUGCAAGAUGUGGUUGAGUGUUUUUACAAUGUGUUAUUUACAGAACUCAUAAGUUAAUGCAAGUAAAAAAAGAAAAUAAGA